GAGCGGCAUGGUGACAGGGCUCGUGAAUAGCUGGUGAGAUUGGCUGAGUGAAGUGAGAUGUGUAACUAGUCAGAUUCACUGUUAAAAAUGUGGCGGAUUAAUAGUAAUUGGGUAUUCACUGUCGAUGGUCUUGUGCACAAUGUCGUAAAUGUUGGGAUAUCUUCUCGAGUAUAUAAGUCCUCUUGAUAUCGCCCAUAUUUUCUUGUUGUUGCGAUUCAUUCUACACUUUUAUACCUUCAUCACUGCCAUUGCUACUGACAAUGUCCCGCAACUACCGCCGUCGGUACCGCAGGGGCCGACAACCACCUCCAAAGCACUAUCCCGACAAUCGCAGGUCUAGCUAUAGGCCCUCUCCCCGACGUAGAAGCCUCAGCAGGGAGAGACAAUCCCGCAGUCGAUCAAGUCGCCCAUACUCCCGCUCAUACUCCCGCCGCAGAACACCGGACAAAUGCACUAGCUGUGGUGUUGACUGGGACUCCUGCGCUAGUUUCUGUAUGCAGCGACCUAUGAUGCAGAUGGCGCAAUCGCUUGUACAGAUGGCAGAAGCCAUAACCCCGGGGCGGAGGCGCAAAACGAUUCUACGCACCGGCCCAGCCCACGCCGCUGAUGCCAGGGGAGGCACUCCUCCUGAUGCUGAUACUCAUGAAUGUCCAAGGAAGAACAAUCAUCAGUCGGCCAGGCAUUGCACUGAACAAUAUGUCGGGAAUUGCACCGAUCAAUCUGCCGAGCACUGCACUCCCCAGUCUGCCAGGCAUUGCGCUGAUCAAUCUGCCAGGCAUUGCCACUGUUGCGCCGUCCAACCGGCCCCUGCGCCGGAGCCUGCACCAGCACCUGCACCAGCGACCUGGUCUGGAGCUCCUCCAGCCGGCCCUCAGAUGAACAAUGGCGUGGGUCUAGAUACCCUUGACUUGUUCAAUGACUUUAACACUGGUCUAGGUGGCAAUUUCGACGCACUGAUGAGCGGCGCUCUAUUGGACGACCUGGAAGCGCAGUGCCAGCUCCCGACCUCACAGCCUGUCCCUGCCGCUACCAUUGCCCCCGCGCAGACUCAAACCCAGCCACAGUAUCAGAGUAUCAUGGCGACUCCCCCACCACGUCCAGAUGGGUCCGUUCAGGACUCUACCGCUGGGGUGCAGGGAACUCCCCCGGCUAGCCCUAAGAUCAACCCCGCGGCUCCUGGUCUCGCCUGGACCGGCGAUGCCUGGCACGGCCCUGUCUGGGUUAGUACUCUGCCCAUAGGGCCUGUGCGCCCUGGUUCUCGUCGACGACCGCUGACUCCUGCCUCGUCGAGACUCCGUCACUCUUCUUCUAUUUCGAGCCGUACGCUCGACCAGGAUGAUGUUUCCAUUAAGGUGGAGGACAGCGACACUGACACGCAAGAUGGCGAGGACGAGGCCCAGCACAGGAGAGGAACGUCUCGUGAACCUAUUGAUGUGGAUGAUGACCAGACGGAGGAUCUGUUUAGUGAUGGCGAACUUGGGUUUGGGUUUCCAGCUGGUCUUCGGACGCCUGAGGAGAUUUAGAUUUUUAUUUUGUUGUGGGGUUGGAUUGUUGGGGCUCUUUUUCCUUCGUUUACGGAACAGCGUUAAUGGAUUUAAGAUGUUAAUUGAAAAAG